AUGUCCAGAGAUCUGGACCACCUCCUGCGCCGGCCUCGGCCAAGCACCUGGUCUCAAUUCCUUCAGGCGCCAUGCGUUUUCCUCGCACGCCAACUCUUUUCAUACCACACCCGACGACACAUCAAUCCCCGACUACCGCCAAUAACCCACGGCGAUGAUGCCGCCACCGUCAGCAUCGUGUGCAUCUCAGACACGCACAACACCCAGCCCCCACUACCCGCAGGCGACAUCCUCAUCCACGCCGGCGACCUGACCCAGUCCGGCUCACAAACCGAACUGCAAUCCGCCCUGGCAUGGCUCCGCGCGCAGCCGCACAAGCACAAGAUCGUCAUCGCGGGGAAUCACGACCAGCUGCUCGACCCGGCGCGGGACCGCGGAGGGAGUGGGAGUGGUGAUGAAUCCUCGGCCCGUGAGGCGCUUGAUUGGGGCGAUAUCAUCUACCUGCAGGACUCAUCUACCAUACUCAACCUGCCCCGGGGGAGGGUACUCCGCGUCUAUGGCAGCCCGCGCUCGCCACGGCAUGGGAAUUGGGCGUUUCAGUACCCGCGUUCUGACGAGGUGGAUGUUUGGGGAGGUGUGGUGCCCGAGGACACGGACGUGCUGGUCACGCACGCGCCGCCGCGGGCGCAUCUGGACCAUUCCCCGGGUAACUUGCCCCUGGGGUGUGCACACCUCCUGCGAGAGCUCUGGCGGGUUAGACCGAGGGUGCAUGUCUUUGGGCAUGUGCAUGAGGGGUAUGGCUCGGAGUGGGUUGCGUUUGAUGAAGUCCAGGAGGCGUAUGAGAGGGUUAUGCUUGCGGGUGGAGGGGUGGGGAAUUUGUUUAGGUUGGUUAAGGAGACGGGGAGUAGGGCGGUGGGCUCGGAUGGGAAUCAAGGGAAAGGGAGGUGUUUGCUGGUUAAUGCGGCCAUGGUGGGCGGAUUAAGAGAUGACCAGGUGAGGAAGGCUGUGGUGGUGUAUAUCUGAAUCUGAUUGCUAUUUCAUCUUGAACACCUUACAAAGUCAUGCAGGGACCUGUCCAAACCUAUACUGCCCCCACGCGAAGCACGCCUCAUGCAUAGUCCAGAUCUGCUGUCCCGGAUCGUCCCCCGCCGCCCCCGCCGCCACGUACACGGGCAUGAGGUGGUCCAUCCACGGAUGGGCGUGCCUAGCAUCGGGCCGCUUGGCCACAGCCGCCAUGCGUUCCUGUCGCACCGCCGGAUCGGCCUCGACGGCCUCUUUCAGGGCCUCGUCGAACGAGACGGCGUAGGGCAGCGGUUCAGAGUUCCUCAUGAGGAACCUCAUGUCGCGCAGGUUGUGCACCGUCAUGCCCGUGCCGAUGAUGACGACAUUGUCGUCGCGCAGGGACGACACGGCGCGUCCCAGGGCGUAGUGCGCGUUGGCGUCCUCGCUGUUGAAGAGUGAUACUUGUACGAGCGGGCAGCGCAAAGGGUUCGAGG